CCCCACUGGCAGGGCGAUGACCACCCCGGCGGGCUCGGGCACGGGCUUCGGCUCCGUGUCGUGGUGGGGCCUGUCCCCGGCGCUGGACCUGCAGGCCGAGAGUCCUCCUGCGGACCCAGGCUCUCAGGCGGACAGCGAGCGCGGGACCCCCGAGCUAGACGUGCUGCUGCUGGGCUCCGUGGAUGGGCGGCACCUGCUGCGGACCCUGGCCCGGGCGGCCCUCUGGCCCCGCAGGAGGGUCAACUUCUAUGUGCUGGAGAAUAAUCUGGAAGCUGUGGCCCGACACAUGCUAAUUUUCAGCCUGGCGCUGGAAGAACCUGAGAAAAUGGGGCUGCAAGAGAGGAGCGAGACCCUCCUGGAGGUGUGGGGGAACGCGCUGCUGCGCCCCGCGGUGGCCGCCUUCGUGAGCGCCCAGGCCGUCGCCCUGGCGCGCCUGGUCCCCGAGCCCGACCGCCUGGCGGAGCAGCUGCCCUGGCUCAGCCUGGGUGCCCUCAAGUUCCGCGAGCGCGACGCCCUGGAGGCCGUGUUCCGCUUCUGGGCCUCCGGGGAGAAGGGCCCCGCGGCCUUCCCCGUGAGCCGCCUCUGGGACUCGCGGCUGCGCCACUACCUGGGCUCGCGCUACGACGCCCGGCGCGGCGUCAGCGACUGGGACCUGCACAUGAAGCUGCACGAGCGCGGGGCCCGAGUCAUCCACACGCGCGAGUUUCGGCGCUGGAGGGACACCGGCGUCGCCUUCGAGCUCAGGGACGCGGGCGCCUACCACGUGCCCAACCGCACCCUGGCGUCGGGCCGCCUCCUGAGCCACCGAGGGGAGCGCGUGGCAGCGCGAGGGUACUGGGGGGACAUCGCCACGGGGCCCUUCGUGGCCUUCGGCAUCGAAGCGGAUGAUGAGAGCCUCCUGCGGACCAGCAACGGGCAGCCUGUCAAGACUGCAGGCGAGAUCACACAGCACAACGUGACGCGGCUGCUCCAGGAGGUGGCCGCCCGCCCCCGGGGCAAUCCCCAGCAGGUGCCCGCGCCCCUGGACGGAAGCCCGGAGCCUGCCGCCGCCCCCGAACUCUUCGCUGUGCGCUUCCUGCCCCUCGGCUCUGCCCAGACUCUGCACCACAAGCGCUGCUACAAGGGGCGGUUCCAGCUUCUUUAUGUGGCCUGUGGGAUGGUCCAUCUUCUGAGCCCCGAGCUCGGGGCCUGCGUGGCCCCGGGAGGACGCCUGGUCGUGGAGUUGGCGCGGUACCUGGUGGACCUGCGGCCCGAGCAGCUGCAGGAGUUCUCCGCCCGGGCGGCGGAGCUCGCGCAGGCAGCUGGGUUUGCCCCACUGCCCGGAGCCAAGUCCUCGGAGACCUUCUUGCGCUUCUGCAAGUCUGGGGGCUCCGCUCCGGGCCCAGUUGUGCCAGCUGCGGAGUCCUGCGCUGCGCCCGGUGAAGGCCUGGCCCCGCCCCCAGACGGGGAGGAGGCAGCGGCUGUAUAUUUAGUCUCGUCCUCGCCCUUGAUCUCAGUGUCCCCAGGGAGGUUCGAGGAGCCCGGGUGA